ACUGAGGAAACCACAACCUGACUCCUUCUGGGAUGGAGUCUAAUGCCACCAAGAAGUCUCGCAAAUCCAAGAAAAGCAGGGUCAAGACCCAAGAGAGAUUUGCCAAGAAGUUUCCGUACAGGUUCUCCUGGCUAGCAGAGCACAGCUCUGAGUCCCCGCCAUCCUGGGAGAAGAAGAAUGUCUCCCUGAAGGACCAGCUGCCCCUGCAGAAGAAGCUGGUGCCAACGAGGUCCAUCCCAAUUCCAAGGGUCGGGGCUCCAAGUUUAACACCGACCAACAACAGCCCGUCACCCCAAUCCUUCAAUGCCUCGGAACUCAAGUCACAGAUCCUCCGCUCCCCCAAACCAAGUGAUACCUUCCACAGGCCAGUGCUGACCAGCGAGACCCCGGGGCCAUCCGGGGUGGUCUCCUAAACCCCUGCUCCCCGGGGCUCCCCUAUGGCCUCCUCUGCCUCCUCUGCAGCUCUGGGCUGCG